AUGCAAUACUUCACCGUCGCUGUCGUUAUGGCCUCUGUUGCCUCUGCCUCCGUCGUGGCCCGCCAGAACGACUGCACGAUGGUCUACAACGCCUGCCUUGCUGCCGGGACUCCUCAAGUCGCUUGUGGUUGCCUCCAGCAGACAUGUCUCGGCGAGGAUAACGCCCGCGGCCGCGAGUACUGCGCUGCCGUCUCUGCCUCUCUCCUGAGCGUUGCUGCGACGGCUACCUCCAAGACUUUCUCGGGCAUCUGCAAUGCCGCUGCCAUCGCUCGUGGCGAUUGCACUGCUACCGCAGCCAUUGUCCCAACUCCCACUGAGGCAGCCCCCGCCGCCGCCUCCACGGACUGCGAGAAGGUUCGCUCGGACUGCCAAUCGCAGCCAGCCUACCCAGCCCCUUCUGCCCCCGCGGACUGCGAGAAGGUCCGCUCGGAUUGCCAAUCGAAGCCAGAUGCCAACCAGUCCUACUGCGCAUCCCUCUACGUCAAGUGCUCCGGUACCACCAGCGGCCUGAACAAGCCCGGCCCUGCUCCCACCACCCCGGCGAAGGGCACCGGAGCCAGCACCACCGGAAUGGUUACCUACACCGGCCCUGCGGUUGCUGGCGCCGGCUCGGUCAAGCCUGCCGUCGGUCUCUUGGCCCUGGGCGCUCUCGCACUGCUGUAG